GAACAAGGCUCUACCGGAGUAAGAUCUCGCGCUACUAAAUCUAGCAAUAGCACUCCAAAAGACGUGCCAGAAGCACGACCAAUAAGAACUAGUAAUUCUUCGAAAUCUACAAAGGUCAAUGCCAGCUUGACUCGUUCAGGGACACCUUAUUAUUGUCCACCUGGUCGAAUAGCUUUUAUUGCCUUCUUGAUUGUACGUUUAACUGCCGUUUUUUUCUCCAACAUAGCUGAUUGUGAUGAAGUAUUUAAUUAUUGGGAACCAACGCACUAUCUACAAUAUGGAUACGGAAUGCAAACAUGGGAGUAUUCUCCUGAAUAUGCUAUAAGAAGCUGGGCCUAUAUUAAAUUACACGCGAUUAUUGGUGGAAUAUUCGAAACUUCAGUUGAAUCUCAACAAUCCAAUAAAUCUUUGUAUCGGGAAGGAAUGGUAUCGCUUUCCGAAUUUUUGAAAUCAGAUUUCAAUGGGCAAUUACCGAAAUACUUUUUGGAGGAUACGCAAAUUGACUCUGAGAGUCGAACAAAGAUGAACUACAAACGUGAUGGUACUUGGAUGUUGCAAGAAGGAUUCAAUGAUAUUAAUAAGGAAGAAAUGGAUCGUUAUGUUGACGUUGAUCAAUGUGAUUAUAUUGUUGAUCUAGAAACGAAUUACACACAGGCUUCUGCAAAUGAACCACGAUACGUAACUCAGACUGAUAAGGAUCAAUUGGUUAUCGGAAUUCAAAAAUAUAUAAAUAGAAAUUUAAAUUUAAAUUACGGUUUACUCAAAAUCAUGAGUACAACAGAGGAACUUCAAACUCUAGUUCUCACAUCUCUCGAUGUAAGAGGUACAAUUCCUAACACAAAAGAUCUUGUAACCUCUGAGAACAAGGAGGUAGAUCAAUUAGCAUUACUCGGUGCCUUGAAGAGUUUGAGUAUUGUAGACAAAGAGAUGGUCAAAUAUGAAACUAUUGAAGAAGAAGUAUGGAUGCUAACAGAUGAAGGGAAUGAAAUUGCUAAUAAAGGAAGCCACGAAGCCAAGGUUUUCGAUGCUAUUCCGAUUGGUAAAGAGGGAAUAGCAAUCUCUGCAUUACAUGAAAUUUUGGGCGAAACUGCAAAAAUUGGGCAAGGCAAGGCUUUCAAAAAUAAAUGGAUUACCAAGAAUGGUGGCAAUCUAGUCCGCGCUCCUCAACAACAUCCUGCCCGUGAUGCUCACGAUACUUUCUUUUUAAAGGAUCCUGCAAUUUGCACACAAUUCCCCACUGAAUAUCUUGAACGCGUUAAGGAGGUUCAUUCUGUUGGUGGAUAUGGAUCCACUGGGUAUGGUUACGACUGGAAAAUUGAAGAAGCACAAAAAUUGAUUUUAAGAACACACACCACCGCAGUAUCAUCGCUCAUGUUAUACAAUCUUGCAAAACAGAAAGAAUUCAAACCGGUGAAAUAUUUCUCCAUAGAUCGUGUAUUCAGGAAUGAAACUGUGGAUGCUACUCAUUUGGCCGAAUUCCACCAAGUGGAAGGUGUUAUUGCCGAUAAAGGAUUAACACUGGGGGACUUAAUUGGAUUUAUGAACACUUUUUUUAAUAAAAUGGGUCUUGGUAAAUGGGUGGAAAUAGGAAAUUCUGGUAUGUUCCGUCCGGAAAUGUUGGAACCAAUGGGAUUGGAUCCGGACGUUCGGGUUAUUGCUUGGG